CCGCGGUGGCUGUAGCAAUGGCGGCGACGUCGUAGCUGAGCGUGUGUGGAAGCGGCCGGCGGCUGAGGCGAAAGUGGCGGGACGGGCUCGAUGAGGCAAUAGGCGGUGCUUAGAUCGAAGCCCUUUUGUCAAGUCUCGGCUUCCUUUCCGGCCUUCCAGGAGAUUUACAGCGCGAGCCUCUGCACUCCGAAGCAAGCCCUACUGGGCCGAGUCCUCCUCUCUCCCCGGAAUGUAUGUGUACAUUUGAGAGGUGAUCUUGGUAGAUCUAGUGGAAAAUUUGAUUACAUGGAAGAAGAUCUCGCAAUAAAGACUGAACCUGCAAACAGCUUUUCAACAUAGCACAGUCAGUACUUCAAUUGGUGACGUGUCGCAUGUUCAUAAUAUCUACCAUUUGUAACUCUUUCACAUGAAAAUGGCAUUUCGGUUCAACUUUUCUAUAGAAAACAGAACAGAGGUUCUUGGGAAUGAAAAGUUACAGCAAGAAUUGGGCCAAGAAAAUCAAGAAGACUUUCCAGCGAAGAGCAAAGAGGUUUCCAUAGAAAAAAAUAUAUUAAACCAGGAGCCUUUAGCAGAAACCCCUGAUAAUGUGGCAGGCCAGUGCUCUUUGAGUAAACUUGAAGACACGACUUUGCCAAAGAAACACUUCUGCCCACAAUCAGCCAAGGAACAUAAUGUUCCCAAAGAUGUUAACAAAGUCUUAGAAAAUAAAAUUAUAAGGACCCUACCAGGCACAUGUCAUAUAAAUAUUUCCGUGGUGGAGGCAGCAGAACUCUCAGAUGGCUCCCUAGGGGAAGACAUGGUGUCUAAAAGUAUUUCUUCUCACUCUGACCUAAUUACAGGUGUCUAUGAAGGAGGUCUAAAAAUCUGGGAAUGCACAUAUGACCUCAUGGAUUAUUUGUCAGAAGCUGACAUUCAGUUUGCACACAAGCUAGUUUUGGACCUUGGCUGUGGGGCAGGAUUGCUUGGAAUAGUUGCAUUAAAGGGAAACGCUGAAGGAGUCCACUUUCAGGACUUUAACAGCACAGUGAUUGAAGAAAUAACACUGCCUACUAUACUAGUUAACUGUGCUCAUCAGGAUGAUGAUAUCAAGGGAUUUACUGAGCCUUGUCUAAAACGACGCAAGAAAGGAGACUUCACCCAAGAUUUGCUUCCUAAAUGCAAAUUCUUUUCUGGAGAAUGGUCAGAAUUCAGUCAACUGUUAAGCAGCAAUAAGCCCUUCACAAAAUAUGAUCUCAUACUCACCUCAGAGACUAUUUACAAUCCCAAUUACUAUGAGGCUUUGCAUGAUACACUUUCAAGAUUACUAGAAACUAAUGGCUAUGUAUAUUUGGCCAGUAAAGCACAUUAUUUUGGAUGUGGAGGUGGGGUCCUACUUUUUACAGAAUUCAUUGAAAAGAAAAAUGUGUUUAAAUCUAGAAUUGUUAAAGUGAUUGACAAAGGCCUAAAGCGUUUCAUUAUUGAACUGGUAUUUAAAGAUUCUUGCUAGCAUAAUACUUGCUCAGGAUAGUAAUAAAGAUAUGAUUUUGUGUUCUUCUGACUCCUUUGGUAAAUUGCUAGUGUGUUUUGUUCUUGACUCAUCUUUGUGCUUUUCUUGCAUGGCUCCUUUUUUGCCCCCCUCCCCUCCCCAGUCUUGCUGCUCGCUGUGUUCUGCCACCCUAGAGGUCUCGUCAGAAACCCCCAAAUCCUGAGAUCACAAUUUAUUCUGAACUAGCUAUAAGUGCCCAGCAUUGCUCUUUGUUUUGUGGCUAUAUCUGCUGUAUAUCUGCCUGUCUGUCUGCACGGGGUGGUUGUCGGGGUUCCCAGGUACCCUAUGUUACUAGUGGAGUCCCAAGAAGUCACUUUGCAAAGUUCAUUCCUCAUAGUUCAAAGGGUGUGGGAAAGUAUAGGGAAAACACAGACAAACAGAGGCUAUACCCACUGUAUGCUCCUCUGUCUGUGCAGUGUGGUUGUCAGGGUUCCCGGGUACCCUGUGUUACCUGUACGGUCCUAGUAAGUUGCCUUGCCAAGUUUGGUCCCGAUAGCUCAGAGGGUGUGGGAAUGUAUAGCAGACAGACAGACAGACAAAUAUUCAACUUUAUUUAUAUAGAUACUAAAUCAGAGCUCCCUUCGUACAAUUAUUUGGAAUUAUUUGACACAGGACACACACCAUGUCUGCAUAUUGUGCUAGUCUCUUAAACUACACAAGCUUUCUUUUCUGUAGAGUCCAAAGGUUGCAUUCUUUCUGGUUCAAUAAAUAUUAUUUCAUAUUUA